AAUACGUUUCUUAAGAAAUAAAAUCGCCCUCUUAUUUGGGCGGCGGUGACAGGAAGCCUCUGUGUCCCUCACCCCUUGGCGCUGCGGGGAGGGGGGCGAAGAGGAGUGAGGGGAGGUCCUGUGAGGAAAUGGAGGGACCCUCCGAGCGCUCCGCGGAAGAACGGGAGCUGUCUCUCUUCACCGUCAAGCACGAGCUGAAGAACGCAAACUUGACAGGCCAUUUAGAGAAGGUGGGCAUUGAGAACUUUGAACUUCUGAAAGUUCUUGGGACAGGAGCCUAUGGAAAGGUAUUUCUGGUGAGGAAAAUAAGUGGCCAUGAUGCUGGCAAGUUGUAUGCCAUGAAGGUAUUGAAAAAAGCAACAAUAAUUCAAAAAGCCAAAACAACUGAACAUACAAAGACUGAACGACAAGUACUGGAACACAUUCGACAGUCUCCAUUUUUGGUCACUUUGCAUUAUGCUUUCCAGACAGACACAAAGCUUCAUCUCAUUUUGGAUUACAUAAAUGGAGGAGAACUUUUUACUCACCUUUCACAAAGAGAAAGAUUCACUGAAGACGAGGUACGAAUAUACACUGGGGAGAUUGUAUUGGCACUUGAACACCUACACAAGUUGGGAAUUAUUUAUCGUGACAUAAAACUUGAGAACAUUCUUCUUGAUUCUGAUGGCCAUGUGGUGCUGACUGACUUUGGCUUGAGUAAGGAAUUUGUUAGUGAUGAAAAUGAGAGAGCAUAUUCUUUUUGUGGCACUAUAGAAUACAUGGCUCCGGAUAUUGUCAAAGGAGGAGAGAUGGGACAUGAUAAAGCUGUUGAUUGGUGGAGUCUAGGUGUUCUUAUGUAUGAAUUAUUAACUGGAGCAUCACCUUUUACAGUUGAUGGGGAGAGAAAUUCACAAACUGAGAUAUCUAGGAGAAUAUUAAAAAGUGAACCUCCUUAUCCCCAAGAAAUGACUGCUUUAGCUAAAGAUAUAAUUCAGUCUCUUCUGAUGAAAGAUCCAAAGAAAAGGCUGGGCUGUGGUUCGAGUGGUGCUGAUGAGAUCAAACAACAUCCCUUCUUUCAGAAAAUAAAUUGGAAUGACUUGGCAGCCAAAAAAGUGUCGGCUCCAUUUAAACCAGUAAUUCGUGAUGAAUUGGAUGUCAGUAACUUUGCAGAGGAGUUUACAGAGAUGGACCCAACAUAUUCUCCAGCAACCACUCCACAAGCUGCAGACAAGCUUUUCCAGGGAUAUUCCUUUGUUGCUCCUUCUAUUUUAUUUAAACGGAAUGCAGCCACUAUAGAUCCUGUUCACUUCCUGGCAGAAAUUGACCGACCUGGAGUUACAAGUAUUGCCAGAAGUGUUAUGAUGAAGGACUCUCCAUUUUAUCUUCACUAUGAGCUCGACCUGAAAGAAAAACCACUGGGAGAAGGAAGUUUUUCUAUCUGUCGAAAAUGCUUACACAAGAAAACUAGCCAAGAAUAUGCAGUAAAAAUAAUUAGUAAAAGGCUAGAAGCCAACACUCAGAGAGAAAUAACAGCUUUAAAACUCUGUGAAGGACAUCCUAAUGUUGUGAAGCUGCAUGAAGUUUUUCAUGAUCAGCUCCACACAUUUCUCGUACUGGAACUGCUGAAAGGGGGAGAAUUACUUGAACGCAUCCAGCAAAAGAAACACUUCAGUGAAACUGAAGCUAGUUAUAUCAUGCGCAGACUUGUUUCAGCCGUGAGCCAUAUGCAUGAUGUAGGAGUAGUCCACAGAGACUUAAAACCUGAGAACUUAUUAUUCACAGAUGAAAGUGAUAAUUCAGAAAUAAAAAUAAUUGAUUUUGGAUUUGCCCGUUUAAAACCACCUGACAAUCAGCCUCUUAAGACACCAUGUUUUACCCUUCAUUAUGCUGCUCCAGAGCUCUUAAAUCAUAAUGGUUAUGAUGAAUCAUGUGAUCUCUGGAGUUUGGGAGUCAUUUUGUAUACAAUGCUCUCAGGACAAGUACCCUUCCAAUCACAAAAUAAAAAUAUAACGUGCACAAACGCAUUGGAAAUUAUGAAGAAAAUUAAAAGAGGGGAGUUUUCUUUUGAAGGAGAUGCUUGGAAGAAUGUUUCUCAGGAAGCCAAAGAUUUGAUACAAGGACUUCUUACAGUGGAUCCAAAUAAGAGAAUUAAAAUGACCAGUUUGAGAUACAAUGAAUGGCUUCAAGAUGGUAGCCAACUGUCAUCCAACCCGUUAAUGACUCCAGACAAUUUAGGAUCUUCAGGAACUGCUGUACACACCUAUGUCAAAGCAACCUUUAACGCCUUUAACAAGUACAAAAGGGAAGGUUUUUGCCUUCAGAACGUUGACAAGGCACCACUUGCAAAAAGAAGGAAGAUGAAAAAGACAAGCACAAGUACAGAGACUCGCAGCAGUUCCAGUGAAAGUUCUCAUUCUUCCUCCUCUCAUUCUCAUGGUAAAACUACCCCUACAAAGACAUUGCAGCCAACAAAUCCCACAGACAGCAAUAAUCCAGAAAGCAUCUUCCAGUUCUCUGACUGAAAAAUUAGAGACAUUUGCUCUGGAAAAGAAUAAUUAAAUUGUUAUAAACCUGCUUACAUAUGUGUUCCUUUGAACACAAUAAUGUUUAUUCCUUUUAAUAACUCCUGUUUUGGCAUACAUUAUUACAAAUUUCCCUUUCUAAUUUUCCACUGUGGCUAUAGCCAGAAUCAAAAUUCAAAAAUAUGAGUUCAGAAACCAUUUUUGUGGAAAGAAUUUUGGUAAAUCAUCCCUAAACCUUUAUUUUAAGCUGUUAAUAAACAAAGGCCAUAGUCUAAUGAGGUAAUGCUGCACAUGCAAGAACUUGGCCAAUAAAUAAAUCCUACAAGUCCCCAGAACUCCAUUUACUAGCAAUGACAGCCCUGGGUGCAUGCAAACUUCUUAUUGAUGUUUGCUUUUCUUUGGAAAUGUCUAGACAUUAGAAGGAUGAGAAAAUGAGGUGACCAGUGUUGAAACACUGGGCAGGAUCGAAAAUAUCUACAUCCACAUAUGCAGAAGCCAUUUUCCAUGUGCAGGAAGCCUUGCACAAGGAAAAUCAAGCCACAUCCAAAGAUCUUCAGCAUGUGAAAUGGAUGCGCCAGCCCUUGUUCAAGACUUAUGCAACAAUUUAACUAGUGCAAGGGCUUGGUGAGUAGUAUGCAGAAUUGUAUGAUUUCAUCUUCUACUCUUUUGGCUAUUGCCCUUUUUUUAGUUUGGAAGACUCUUGGUUUUUUUUAAUAGCUUCAUAAAAUUGAAUGCUUGCCCUUAAGCAUUCAGUACUAAAAAAGUGUAAAAGUUUUCUGAAAAAAGAUAUAUUUAUCUUAAUAUAUUUAUGCCUAGGUUUUAAAAAUAAAAAAUAGUUUCUCUUAAGUGAGAAUUCUAUCUUCCUGUUACCAUGUGGGUCCAAAAGCUAAGCAUGCUGCGAUAUAUAAUAAAUUUGAUAAUUUGCUAUCUAGUUGUAGCGUAAAAGCAUUUGCAUGGUUUGGUGCAUUUAUAAUUGCAUUUGAUGAGUAACUGAAUAAUGCAAUGAGUGCUUCUCAGAGAUGCUGUGUAACUUUCUGUAGUAACUUCAGUAAGAAUUGAAAGCUUAUUGCACCAUUCAGCUGUUCAAUAUUAAACUUUCGUUUUCUUGCCAUUGUUUUCAUACCUAUGCGCAAUACUCUUCAGAUUUCUCCCCAUGUCACAUUGGGGUAGUUUAACUAUAAACCAUUUAUGCACUGAGAAAACUAAAGGGAUGUUUUAUCAAACACUGUGCUUCACAUCUAUACACUGUGUUUUACUACAGUUAGUUAUUUCCUGCUGUAGUUGUAUUAUAUAUGGGAUAAUAAAUGUGACUCUUACUGAUGCAAUUUAAAUGGUAAUAUCUUACAUUGUAAAGCAUAAUUUAUCAACAAAUGCAGAUCACUUCUGCAGCUCAUGUGCUCCAGUCGUGCAAAAAGUCAUUGAAUAGUCCUGUUGUGAAUUCAAUGAGGCAAUUUGUGUAAAGUUUAGCUCAUACAUAGAAGUUUGCAUGAUCAGAGUCCAACUAGCAGGUUUUAAGAUUACCUUGCUGCAUUGUAGAAUAAACUAAACCCAAAUCCUAUGCAAAAAAGAAAAGAAAAUAGGAACUGUUUUUCUAUAUAUGGCUUGUUUACAUUAUUGCAUCUAUUGUCAGUGUUUGAGAAAUCUAGUGCAGAUUUGUCUAUGGAAACUGAAUGAACAAAAUUCUGGAAAGAGCAUGUUUCUAUGUAUUGACAUUUUCAGCAGGAUCGAGAUAACAAGUAGCCUAGGAAGUAUUUUUGGUCUGACUUACUAGUUCUUGUCAGCAUCCAUGGCAUCUAGUUUUCAUUUAGAGGGAAAGUAUGAUUCUAGCCCUUGUUAUUGUAGAAGUGAUCUUGAAAAAGUAGAGACAGAAAUUAAAAGGCCUGUAAUCAAGACACCAGAUGUGCAGUGUGAUUUUAUGCAUGUUUACUCAGAAGUAAGACCCACUGAGUUCAGUGAAGCCUACUACCUAGCAAAGGUACAUAGGAUAUUGGCCUUAAUUGUUUUGAUUCCUGAGGUUGCUAAAGUGACAUGGCUCAAUCCUUUUUAU